AUGCCUCGAGCACUGCUGGAGGAAGUCUUGGAAGGAGCUGCGGUUUUAGGUAUGGUACCCACAAAUUCUUCGAAGGGGAGCCGGUUGUUUCCAUCGCCGUGCCAUCCCCGCCCUCCCUCUCCUCCUCCUCCUCCGUCUGCUCCAACGGGAGAAGAUCGUAAAAGAGGGAAGAGGGACAUCAUUAUUACCAUCAUAGUUAUCUUCGUAGUAAUCGCGUUCGUGCUUGUCUUUGCUGUCAGCGUUUGGCUUAAGAGAAGGUCAACAAAAAAUAGCCGUGGUACGACGAAUGCAGAAGAUAUAUCAAGAACGAGAUCACUGUUCUUUGAUUUAUCCGUCAUUAGAAUUGCUACAGAAAAUUUUUCCGACAUCAAUAAGCUUGGACAAGGUGGCUUUGGCGCAGUUUAUAAGGGGAUGCUUCCUAAUGGAGAAAAUAUAGCAGUGAAGAGGCUUUCAGUAACCUCGAGGCAAGGAAUACAAGAACUGAAAAAUGAACUUCUGUUGGUUGCCAAACUUCAGCACAGGAAUCUUGUUAGGCUUCUAGGCGUUUGUUUGGAAGAAGGAGAAAAGCUGCUUAUCUACGAGUACAUGCCCAACGGAAGCUUGGACAACUUCCUGUUUGAUCCCAGCAAAUGUAAAGAGUUAAACUGGGAAAGAAGAUUCAAGAUUAUUCGAGCGAUUGCUCGCGGUCUACUCUACUUACACGAAGAAUCUCGCCUAAAAGUCAUACACCGAGACCUUAAGUCCAGCAAUGUAUUGUUAGAUGCAGACAUGAAGCCAAAAAUUUCAGAUUUUGGUUUGGCCAGGCUAUUUGGAGCAGCUGAAACACAUGGCAUUACAGGGAGAGUGGUCGGAACUUUUGGAUACAUGGCACCUGAGUAUGCAAGGCGUGGGAGAUUCUCAACCAAGAUGGACGUAUACAGCUAUGGAAUUCUAGUUCUAGAGAUCGUGACUGGGAGAAGGAAUAUUACCUUCAGAUAUGAUUCUGAACAUGGCCAAGAUCUCCUAAGCUAUACAUGGAAGCAUUGGAGAAAGGGAAUAUCAUCAGAGAUCGUUGACCCAUCCCUAGGUGAAGAUUACUCGAGAAAUGAGGUGUCCAGAUGCAUUCAAAUCGGACUGUUAUGUGCUCAAGAAGCUCCAGCUGACAGACCUUCCAUGUCCUCCGUAUUUCUCAUGCUAAAUAGUUCCUUGAUGCCUCUCCAAGACCCUCUACCGCCUGCUUUGUUGACUACGACAGAAUCAGACUUGUCAUCAAAACUGUCAUCGAAACAAUCGUAUCUUGCUUCUACUGGCGGAUCCUCCACGAAUGUGGACAGUGUUGGCAGCUCCCAACAGAGUGGACCUGGCAUCAUGCUGACCCCACUGGAAACGAGCCAAAAAGGGAAGGAAAGGGUGCAAAACAACCUCAUAACAAACCAGAGCAUCCAACAACCACUGGAUGCAGGCACGGCCAUCUCGACUAUCUCAAACAGCCCCCGGUGGCCGUCCCAAUAGAAGUUGAUGAUUGAUUAAUCCUUAUGACACCAAUCAUUUGAUACUGCAAGUUCCUUAAAGGGACCCCAAGAUAACAAAAAGAAACAGCAAGCAUUCACAAAGCGAUUGUGGAUGUCUCAACAAUAGUAGAUGCCUGAAUGAGGAAAUGGAGGGGGAUUGUUUUCUUUGAAUCUUUGACACAUCAAAGAGAGACAUCAUGCGUAGCUUGUCUCGUUAUCUGUCCUUUGUCCAAUGCAUAAAUGUUUUAGAUUUUUUCUUACUCAUAUGAUGGUCAUUUUUAUCUAUAUAAUGAGAUACAUAGAGCUUGCAUGCUA